GCCCACCGACUGGGAAAGACCCCAAACAGCUCCGGAGCCGGGGCCGCAUUCGUCUCUGCCAGAGCUGCUGCUGCUGCCUUGCCUUGCCUCGCCUCGUCUCCAGAAGCCCUCCCUCCAUUCAAGGCUUUGCCUGAAUGGGAACCUCGGCGUGGCUGCAGGCUCCCUUGGCACUUCUGCCCCAAACCUUAAGGAAGAGGCAGAGGAGAGAGUGACUCCAAAGACAGAGAGAGUUCAUGCUGGACCUCUUGCUUGAAGCCCAGGCGUGCCAGGGAGCAUCCAGUUGCCAUCGGAGAAACAAAGACAAGAUGGGCUGUGUUCUGCUGUUACUACUAUUUUCCAUUCCCUCUUUUCAUCUCAUUCAUGGGAUAGAUGUAGAAGAAGAUUUUAGUUGGCAGUUAAAGAAAUUACCCCAGAUUGUGAAGGAAAAGACUUUCUCCCUGGAUACUCCUAAAUUUGAAGGAGAGGGCAAGUUGGAGCUGAGUGGAGUCUGUGGGAUCGAAUGCCAAAGGACACUCCCAGCCCCGCGUUUGGCUGACCUGAAUGAAUUGCUCUCCUACGAGACCGUCUUUGAGAAUGGCACAAGGACCCUGACAGAAGUUAAUGUCCUUGGGAUGGAUCCUGAUCCAGCGGCAAAUGCCACCGCCAAGGGCCUGUCAAGAAGGAAGAGGCAGGUCUAUGGCACAGACAGUAGGUUCAGCAUUUCCGACACACGGUUUCUGACCAACUACCCUUUCAACACAGCUGUUAAGAUCUCCACAGGCUGUAGUGGCAUCCUGAUUUCCCCAAAACAUGUCCUCACAGCUGCUCACUGUGUGCACGAUGGCAAAGAUUACAUGAAAGGCAGCAAGAAGCUGAGGGUGGGGUUGCUGAAGCUGAAAUCCAAAGGCAGUGGCAAGAGACGCCGAGGUGCUGCCAGGAGGAGCAAGAGGGAGGCGUCGGAGGUUGAGGUUCACCACGUUGAUGCUAAACGACUUCGACGGAGGUCUGGCAGCAGUCGAGCUGGCAGAAAACAAAAGACGUCUGGGCUGGAUGAGAAGAAAUCUGAACGAAAACCUUCUUUCCAGUGGACCAGAGUUAAGAGUACUCAGAUCCCCAAAGGCUGGUUGAAAGGUGUAACUGGAGAUGUUGCAGUAGAUUAUGAUUAUGCUGUUUUGGAACUCAAGCGUCCCCAUAAAAAGAAAUACAUGGAUCUGGGCAUCAGCCCAGCUAGUAAAAUGAUGCCUGGAAGCAUGAUCCACUUUUCUGGAUAUGAUUCUGAUCGCUCUGGCCAGCUGGUCUACCGCUUCUGUAGUGUUUCGGAGGAAUCAAAUGAUCUCUUCUACCAGUAUUGUGAUGCUGAGUCGGGCUCUACAGGAUCAGGAAUCUACCUGCGCCUUAAGGAGCCCAAUGAAAAAAAAUGGAAGCGCAAAAUUAUUGCCAUUUAUUCAGGUCAUCAGUGGGUGGAUGUCAAUGGAGAACAGCAGGAUUACAAUGUCGCAGUUCGAAUUACUCCCCUUAAAUAUGCCCAGAUAUGUCUCUGGAUAAAUGGGAAUGAGAACUGUGCACAGGGGUGACAACAUCCGACACAUGCUCCCCGAGUAUGGAAUGGUGCUAUAUAGGGAAGGCCUGCUGGACAUUGACUUGCGUCUGAUUUUGUUUGAACUUGAAACCAGCAAAUACCCUGUAAUAAAUUGAGAAACUGAAAGCAUUUGUACAGCACUUACCAGGAUUUUUCAACUAAGUUUUUUAAAUUGACCGUAGACACAAGGUGCACUUAAAAUCUCAAAUUGUAUUACUGUAUUUAUUGUUUUUACAUUGUGGUAAAUGUGAGUCUUUCCUACUCUACAGCAAAAAAUAAUGGCUCCUUGUUUGCUUGCAUUUUUUAAGGAGAAGUAUCUUCUCUUGCAAUUGGUACUCUUAAAGUAUGUGAUUAUUUUGUUUUCAACUUAUUUGCUUGUCUCAGGGGUUUUGCACCAAUAAGCAUUUUUCUAUUAAUGCAGAUUACUUAUAGUAUCUGCUAGACUACCCAAAUUAUUAAACACUGGGAUAAGACAAGGAAGAACGUUUUCCCAUAGUACAUACUGCAGGGUCUACACAAUGUAGAUCAUACCAUUAAGAUAGUGUACCAUAGAUUAUUUAGCCAAACACAGGAGUUUCAUUUCCUUUGGUACUAAAAUGGCAAAGUGGGGGCAAUGAAUGUAGCACCCAUGAAAGAAAGCCAUGAUUAAAAUGUAAUGCCUGUCAAACUAGUUUUGAAAGUUAUGUAAAGCUGGAAAGUAGGAAAGUUGUUUGUUUCAACCAAACACGAAUCACUUUCUGAUUGUUUCUUUUUGCUUUGAAAAUAAUGCUCCUUUUUGUCGCAAGGCAACAGUGAUAACUACUAAUUCAUGAUUACAAACUAAUACAGAGAUAAACAGCUGAAAGAUCCACAGGCCUGUUUUAAUGAAUUAGUCAUCUUGGCUUCAAGAGUGAAGUCGGAUCAAUGGUCUGAAGCAGCCAAUUGGUAAAUGUGCCCUCCUUUUUGCUUCCAAAAAUAUGGCGAGGGAAGUUUAACAGAGAGAAGGAGAGCUCCGUUCUCUCAGAUGAAAACAAAACUGGCCCAUCUAUCAAAAUGAAUGAGGUAGAAUAAUAAAUCAUUGGGAUAAGAUGACUGUGGUGCUAUGAUUUAACAGUCAAAAACACAAUAUUUUUAGUCGAGUUUGUAGUAGAGAGGGCAACUUGUCUGGCUUUCCAGAUAUUGUUAAUUGGCUAUUCUGUGACUCUUUGCCUUUGGUUAUGCUAGAUAUAGCUGAUGAGUGUCAAAGGAUAGCUGAAGGGCUAAUCACCUUUGCAAUCCUCAACUAAUCAAAAAUUAUCAGAACAUUCUACAGAAUAAGUAAGUUGACUCUUAUGUAAAUAUAUGAGAUAUGUAGCAACAAAGCAUUUAGAUUCACUGCAGUCUUUUCAACUUCAACAUUUGGUAUGAAUGCUUUUAAUGUGAGCUUGAAGUACACAUUUCAUGCACUUCUUUAAAAGUGUAUAAGCUCAGCUUUCUCUUUCAGAUGCACCUAUCUAUGGGCCCUUUCACCUAGGAGCCUUCCACACAGCCCUAUAUCCCUGAAUAUCAAGGCAGGAAAUCCCAAAUUAUCUGAGUGUGGGCUCCGAUAACCUAGAUCAAAGCAGAUAUUAUGGGAUUUUCUGCCUUGAUAUUCUGGGAUAUAGGGCAGCAUGGAACGGCCCCCAGCCAUAUAACCCAGAAUCUCAAGGUGGAAAAUCCCACAAUAUUUGCUUUGAACUGGGUUAUCUGAAUCCACACUCCCAUAUAUUCCAGUUCAAAACAGAAAAUCUGGGAUUUUCUUCAUCUGUGUGGAAAGAACCUAUGACAAACUCAACAAAAUGCUCUUUGAUACGUAACAUUAAGAUGCAUGUUCUAGGUCAUAUAUGCUUGAUUUUUAUUAAUAUUACUGUAAUUCAGUUUUUGAUUUGCAUUGUUAACAUUCGUUUGUAUUGGUGCUCAAGAGAAAUAUGUGCCUUAAAUUCUGAGUGAUGGCAACCCAACCAUAGGCUGUCUUGGCAGAUUUAUUCAGAGGAUGUUUGUCAUUCCCUUCCUCAGAGGCUGAGAGAGUGUAACUUUCUCAGAGUCACUAAACUUGUUUCCAUGGUUAAAGAAAGGAUUUGAACUGUGGUCUCUUGGAGUCCAACAUUCAGAACACUUCACCAUAAGGACUAUUCAUUGGACUUCCAAAAAUGUACCUCUAUCAUGUAUGAAUGAGGUAUCCUGAAGAACAUAUUUUUGUAAAUCAUGAUUGUAAAUCAGUAGCAAAUUUACUACUUUCAAUGAUGUUAUUUCUGUUAUAUUGCAAUAUGUGCAUUUGAAAAGCAUCCCAAACAAAACUAACAUCUAUAACGACGGUUCACAGUACGUAUAUUGAAUAAUUUUCAUUGUACAUUUUUGUUUUUCAAUUUUUUUUAAAAAAAAGUUUAAUUGUGAAAGAAACCAAAUACACAACGUUGUGCAUCUUCUUGUUCUCAAAACCAGGACACCAGUAAGAAAUGUAUUAAAAAGUAUAGCAACAGUUGUGGCAAAAGUAUUUAUUUUAUCAUGUCUAAUAAACUUCUACUUUACAUUAAAAUAGAUUUAAACAA